GCGCAGCAAAAACCCUCACGGGAGUUUCUUUAACGAUUAAAUUAUUCACCAGCAUCUGGUUACGCAGUCGAAAUAAUUUUGUAGUGACUUGUCGUGAUAACACAUAAACGAACUUAUCGGGGGAAACUGGAACAUGCAUCCGCCUGACAUUCAAAGGUAAAAAUCUCCUCAGGAAAAGGUGGGUGCGCGGAAUUUAAGGUUUAACGCAAGCAAACGGUUAAAUUAGCUGUAGAAAACAGUUAUAUGAAUUGACGAAAGGUUGUUGAUAUCGAAACGAGCUGGGAUUGUCCGUGGUUUGUUUUAGUAAAGAUAAUUGUGCGUAAAGUUGUUAAACUGGGAUGAGAGUUUGAAGCGCACGCGACUCCCGCCGCUCCCGCGCGCCGGAGAAUCGAUCCUUCAUGUUCAUGGAGUUUAUAAGCGGGAGCCGCUAGAAUGGACGUGAUCGAUGAAACGGAGGCCCUACAGAGAUUCUUCGAAGGUCAUGAUAUUAACAGCUCUUUGGAGCCAACAAACAUUGACACCAGUAUCCUGGAGGAAUACAUCAGCAAAGAGGACGACAGCACAGAUAUUUGUUUCACAGAGGUUCACAGUACCCCAGGACCCCAGUAUCUCUCGCCCCAGGCCGGGGCAUCCUCUUCAGGGGGGGUAGGGUGUGGCGUGAGCCCUCCCAUCCCCCUGCGCCAGGGUGCCACCCCAUCUCUUGCACAGCACUGCCAGAUCCCCUACCCGACUCCACCCCUGCUGGGCCUCCUCAGACACAAUUACCCCUGCCUUGGGCAACAGCAGUGUCAAACGCCCCAACACCAACAGCAGGCUGUCAAACCAGACCAUCGCGGACAGUACGCCCCAGGAACACUACCUGAGUCCCCUCCAGACUCCAGCUCAGAGCCAUAUUCCCCCCAGCAAGCCAACGAUCCGCACAUGCUCAGGACAAUGACGCCCGAGAACAUGUGUCACAUGACCAGUCCUCCACCUCUCCCCACACACCCCCACUAUUCCAGUAUGCACCGGGACAUGUACCUGAAGCCAGAGCCCAUGAUCACGCAGUAUCCGAUCGGCCCUGUCAGCUGUGGGGGCGGAGACAUGCAGCAGAGUCAGAUGCUUCAUCAACUCCUGCAACAUCCACAAACACCAGAUGGACUUCCUGUUCAUCCGGCAAAGAAGAGAAAACACUCAGAAUCUCCAAAUAGCACUGUCAACUCUCAGAUACUCACGGGCAUCAUCAAACAAGAGCCAGGUUUGAUGGAGGAUGCAGAAAACUCAUACCUGGAUCCAAACUACCAGUGCAUAAAGUGGCAGCCGCACCAGCAGAACAAAUGGACUCCAUUAUACGACAGCAGUGGAAAAGAACUUCCGAUGCCUACCUACAGAGUGGACGCAGAUAAGGGUUUUAACUUCUCCUUGUCUGACGACGCCUUUGUGUGUCAGAAGAAGAAUCACUUCCAGGUGACGGUGUACAUUGGAAUGCCGGGAGAUCCCAAAUACGCGAAGACCAGCGAUGGACUGCAGCCGAUCGAAUGCUUUUACCUGAAACUCAAUGGCGUCAAGUUGGAAGCGAUGAAUCAGGCCAUUAACGUGGAGCAGUCACAGUCUGACCGCAGUAAGAGACCCUUCAAACCAGUGCUAGUGACACUGCCACCAGAGCAAGUUACAAAGGUAACCGUGGGUCGCCUGCACUUCAGCGAGACCACAUCCAAUAACAUGAGGAAGAAAGGCAAGCCGAACCCCGACCAAAGGUACUUCAUGCUGGUUGUAGCUCUUCAGGCACAGUGUCACAGUCAGAGCUUCACGGUGGCUGCUCAAGUCUCUGAGAGGAUCAUCGUCAGGGCAUCUAACCCAGGUCAAUUUGAAAGUGACAGUGAAGUGUUGUGGCAGAGAGGGCAGCUGGCAGACUCAGUGUACCAUCACGGCCGGGUGGGCAUCAACACAGAUCGUCCCGACGAGGUCCUGGUCGUCCACGGCAACCUGAAGGUCAUGGGUUCCCUUGUGCACCCUUCUGAUAUUAGAGCCAAGGAGAAUGUGAAGGAGGUGGACACCACCGAUAACUUAAGGCGGAUUUCCCAAAUGAGGCUGGUGCAUUAUCAGUAUAAGCCUGAGUUUGCAGCCACAGUGGGCAUUGAUGCGACUGCUGAGACUGGGGUGAUUGCUCAGGAAGUCCAGCAGAUUUUGCCGGAAGCUGUGAAAGAGGGCGGAGACGUGUUGUGUGCUAAUGGAGAGACCAUCCAAAAUUUACUGGUUGUCAAUAAAGAGAGAAUCUUUAUGGAGAAUGUGGGGGCAGUGAAGGAACUCUGCAAACUCACCGAUAAUCUGGAGACUCGCAUUGACGAGCUUGAACGCUGGAGCCGAAAACUCGCUAAACUGCGCCGGCUGGACAGCAUGAAGAGCACCGUCAGUGGAGGCACAGUAAGCCUAUCAGGAAGUUAUUUUAGCAGAACAGGAAGUGGCCCACUCAAGAAGAAAACAGCCAAGCCAGGAAACAAGACGUCCGUCCCAGAGCGGGGCUGCCUGAGUCUCAAAUUAAUGCAGGGCACCAUCCUGGCACUGGUCAUCAUCAUGGCAUUUAGUGUCAUCUCCAUGUCCAUCCUAUAUGUGCUCAAUCUUCAACACCGUGGAACCAUAACUGAUGGCGAGGGCUCUUCACCCCGCUGCCUUCUCUUGGUCUCUUGGACGCCCUUCCUCACUGCAACUGUCACAUUCUGUCCAUCCUUCUGUCUGUGGUCUCGUUCUGCUCUGGGAUUGGCUCAUCAGGCUUCUUUCUCCCCUCCCAAAGUAACCACGUCCACUCUUUCUCCAGAAUCAACCUCUCCAUCUCUGUCCAAUCACCCAGCCUGCUGCCCUCCGACACCUGCGACAACCAACCAAUCAGCCACCAUUAGUCUGUUGCCAAGCAACAACCAAUCCACACCAGACUCAAGCACAGCUGUCCCCACCCAGGCCACUAUUAACAAGAAGGCAAAGUCACGGCCACUGGACAAAGACAGCCGGAAUAAGAAUCGUCUGAGUCACACGUCUGCACCUCUAUUCCUUAACAAAUCCAAACGGCCCCCUCAGCCACCAGAACUAAGCGGAGCCACCAAACGAUUGCCUGGAGGACAACAGCCACCACCCAGAAGACAACGCAGUUUAAACACACAGGAUGGAAAUCCACCAGCCUGUCUGAGCAAACUGCACAUCCUCGAGCCGGAUCAGGAGAUGAGAACACUCGAUUGUUCCACACCUGAGAGCUGCAGCUUCACAAUGUUUCCGCGUGGUGAGAGAAACUCAUCUGUGUCGCAUGUUACAGUACACAUGAUCUCUUCUGAGGUUGUGUGGGUAUGGCAGUGUGGAGCCACUAGGGGCCUCUGUCCGAAUCACCCAGAAGCUACUUUAUUACUAGAGCGGAGCGCUUACACAACGGGAACCAGUCACCUGUGGUCACUUCCUGUUAUGCCGUUCCAAGAGGUCACCUACCAUUUCCAAGUGUCACGCUCUAGUAAAACUGGAUGUAGCGGAGAGGAAGAUGAUGUCGUUACACCCCAGUUCACUGAGUACCGUUUCCACAUUCAAACCACAUGCUAAAGAGCUUUUACAGCAUUUCUACUUCUCGUGUGUGCUCGUAUCGCCGCCCCAGAUUCAGAGACUGUUUUAUCUGGGUGGACCGAUAAAGACGUCUUAUCUCUGUUUGCUCUUUAAAAUGCAUAUUUGUACAAGACGAGAGGAAAAUGAGCAUAUUUAGUAAAUAUUUGUUGUUUUCAGCACACAGAGAUCACUUAGCCUUGUUUCGCUGAGAUAUUACAGCUUAUAUACACACUUACAUGUUAAAUGUAUAUUGAUUCGCCAAGAUAUAAUAUAAACAGGUACCAGUGUGUAGUCGUGAGGUGAUGUUUUGCAGUUGUUGUUGGAUAUUUUUAGGUUAACUCUUUUUUUUGGAAAUUAGUUUUUUGACAUUGAUUAUAUACACACUGGAAAUGGCUUUAACUGAACCAACAGGCUCAUUAUUAAUUAAUAAUUAUUCAUUAAUGUUAUUUACCUCAUGUUUUGUCAUUUCUAAUGUAGAGUCUGUUCAAAAUAUAUGUGUCCACUGGAGCCAAAACGGGAAAAACUGGCAUCAACAAUUAAGAGAUACAGAAAUGUCAUAAACGAUAUGGAAAGUGAACAUAUUGAAAAGUUAGCUACUGUAGUAAAUAUAUCAGGUCAUCUCAAAAAUUAAACAAGUAACACCAUAAAUAAAACCACUGGAUUUCUCUAGCUUGCAAAAACUGGAAUUAAUUCACACUGGAAUCUCGCUUUGAAAGUCAAAAGCACUGGAUCAUCGUUAUCAUCAUUUUAGAUAAAUAUACGCUCAAUGAAAAAUGUCAGGAACCACAUUGAGUUUAAACAAUGUUACUUUAUUCGUUACGUUCCUAACCUGCUUUUACACUGUAUAUUCUUUCAAUUUCUACCUAUAUUUUGCAUACUUAGAAGGCCUAUUUACCAUAUGUAGUAUACAAUAUAUACGUGAAAAUACAUCUUUGAAACAAUAUAUACAGUAGCAGUGUAAUCUUGUAUAGUUUUAUAAAUAUUUGUUUUCUUAACUCUAAUUGUAAACAGGCAUGUUAACAUUAAAUCACUGUUGCUCAAAGAGCAAAACAGCUCUAAAAAUAAUUUGUUAGACAACUUAUCAGCUUCAUUAAACCAAAGCCAGUAGAUUUACUUUAUUUCAUGGUCAUUUCUACUCUUUUUUUUAUUUUUGAAAAAUGUUUCCCUUCUUUAUUUUGUAAUCCAGCACUAUGUACAUUUGGAUUCACUUUUUAGUAUUUGCCUGAAUCGUAUUCUUGUAUAGAUAACGUUUUGAUGUCAUAGAUUUUUAUGAAAUACUUUAAGCAAUAAGGUAAGCCAUAAUGAAGUUGUUGUGAGGCUGGAUGAUAUGUGAUUAUGUUAGUCGUGUAUUCACGGUGAAAUAAUGAACUGAAACAGAGAAGUGAAAUUUUGUGCACUAAAAUUACAAUUUUCCUAAUUUACCACUAAUGGAUAAUGAUUUUGAGUUUUAAACAGCAGGAGAGGAAAAUAAAAACAUUGGUGAUGAUUAUCUGAAAUCUAUAUAUAUAUAUAUAUAUGGGGUUUUUUUAAACAACAACCUCACAUCUGAAUAAAGCAAAAAAACAAACAAAAAAACAUGUGAAAACACAAGGAAGCACUUCCAAACUAUGCACUGUAAAUAGUUUUCUAAUGUUUUUUCUGUGGCAUCUAAAACAAUGAUAAAAUUCUCUGUAAUAUAUAAAACUGGUGAGAAUGUCGUUUGGUUUUUAUUGUUAGUUUGUAAUAACUCAUAUUUCCAUGAUCCUUUAAUUAUUUUCUUUUCACUCUUUUACAGACAUAUUAUGGUUAGUUUUAAUGACAAGUAAUUUGACUACAAUUAUGGUAUUAAUCAUAACACUUUAGAUUGAAAAACAUUUAAUGUUUUAUUUAAAACAUGUUUUACAAAAAUGUUUUGUUGAUAUUUGGAUGUUAAUCUGUGGUAUAAAAUGUGAUACCACCAAUGGGGCAGUAUAUAUAUAUAUAUACAUUGGUGGCCAAAUGUUUGAAAUAAUGGACAGAUUUGGAAGGAAAUUGGUACUUUUAUUCACCAAAGUGGCCUUCGACUGAUCACAAUGUUAGUCAGAACAUUAAUAACGUUACUAUUACAAUUUGAAAGAAAUGUUCAGAUCUUCUUAAACUACUUCAAAGAGUUCUCAUCAAAAAUCAACAAUGUGCAGCAAUGACAGAUUUGCAGAUCUUUGUUAUUCUAGCGGUCAGUUUGUCCAGAUACUCAGGUGACCUUUCACCCCACACUUCCUGUAGCACUUGCCCUUUCACCCCACACUUCCUGUAGCACUUGUCAUAGAUGUGACUGUCCUGUCGGGCACUUCUCACGCACCUUACAGUCUAGCUGAUCCCACAGAAGCUCAAUGAGGUUCAGAUCCAUAACACUCUUUUCCAAUUAUCUGUUGUGCAAUGUCUGUGUUUCUUUGCCACCUCAAACCUUUUCUUUUACUUUUUCUGUUUCAAAAGUGCCUUUUUCUUUGCAGUUCUUCCCAUAAGUCCUCCUGAGUCUUCUCUUUACUGUUGUACAUAAAACUGGUGUUGAGCGGGUAGAAUUCAAUGAAGCUGUCAGCGGAGGACAUGUGAGGCGUUUAUUUCUCAAACUAGAGACUCUGAUGUACUUAUCCUCUUGUUUAGUUGCACAUCUGGUCUUCCACAUCUCUUUCUGUCCUUGUUAGAGACAGUUGUGCUUUAUCUUUGACUGUAGUGACACCUUUGUAUGAAAUCUGCAGUUUUUUGGCAAUUUCAAGCGUUGUUCAGCCUUCAUUCCUCAAAACAAUGAUUGACUGAUGAGUUUCUAGAUAAAUCUGUUUCUUUUAUGCCAUUUUUGACCUAAUGUUGACUUUAAUACAUGCCAGUCUAUUGCAUACUGUGGCAACUCAAAAACAAACACAAAGACAACGUUAAGCAUCAUUUAACAAACUAAAUAGUUUUCAGCUGUGUUUGAUAUAAUGGCAAGUGAUUUUCUAUUACCAAAUUAUCAAUUUAUCAUGAUUAAUCAAGGAUAAGGUGUUGGAGUGAUGCUGCUGUCUAGAUUUGAUCAUAAAUUACUUUUUCCAGACAGUGAUGAUGCUGUUUUUACAUCAGUAAUGUCCUGACUAUUCUUUGUGAUCAGCUGAAUGACACUUUGAUAAAUUAAAGUACCAAUUUCCUUUCGAAAACAGCAAAAUAUGUUCAUUAUUCCAAACUUUUGGCAGCUAUAUAUAUAUAUAUAUAUUAUUAUUAUUUUUUCAGUUGUCUGUCUUAUGUUUAUCUUUAAGGCUUAAAGCCCAGUAAGCACUAAAAUAUAUUAAAAGAAAAAUCGAAAUUGUCCAUUUACUAAUGUGUAUAUCUUCUAGAGCAUGUUCCCUGCUCCAUUCUCCAGCUUUCUGAAAGCCUCUUUUGUGUCAUAAUCAUUUUUAGUUCGACUGCAUAAUUUGUUUCACUUUUUUUCACAUGUAUGUGAUGCCAUAAUACAAAUGGAUGCAAGUAUGAUGCAUAAAUUAAAUAAAAGUUUUUUUCUGGA